CGACCGUCCGUCCGCUUCCCGAGGCCGGCGGGAGGAGAGCCACACCGACCGGGGGCCGCUGAAGGAGCCGAGCCGAGCCGAGUGGAGCCGAGCCGAGCUAACGGGACCGGGAACGGUGACGUGAUGUGAUGCGAUACCGCACGGGAUCACGGUAACGUAAGAGCAGCAGCAGCGGCGGAAGCGGCGGAGGAGCGUCGAGGCUGAAGCCGAGGAGGAUGCAGCACUGAUCGGAUCCGACACCGCAGCCUGCACCGCUACGCCCGCCGCGGGGAUGGACGGGUAAAGGGCAGGGAGGAGGAGGAGGAGGAGGAGGACGGAGCACCGGAGCGACCGACGGACGCAGCAGAACGGAGGAGAGAGCGCGAGCAACGGGAGGAGGGGACGGAGGGAGGCGCGAGGAGGGGAGCGAGGCGGCGGAGGGAGGAUGAAUCCGGCGGAUGGAGGAGGAGAAGCGGGCCCGGACGGCCUGGCCGCGGCGGGUUCCGGUAAAACCGAGUCCGUCCGUGCGGUUGACGUCCUCACGGUACUCAGAGAGAAAGUGGCCUUCGUGUCAGGUGGGCGUGACAAACGAGGUGGACCAAUCCUGACCUUCCCUGCCAGGACCAAUCAUGAUCGAAUAAAGCAGGAAGACCUCAGUCGAUUGGUCACGUACCUGUCGACCAUACCCAGUGAGGACGUCCGUGCCCGAGGCUUCACCGUGGUGGUGGACAUGCGCGGCAGUAAGUGGGACAGCGUCAAGCCGGUUCUGAGGACGUUACAGGAGUCGUUUUCCUCCAACAUCCACACAGCGCUGCUCAUCAAACCGGACACAUUCUGGCAGAAACACAAGACCAACCUGGGCAGCGCCAAGCUCAGCUUUGAGACCAGCCUGGUGUCAGUGGAGGGCCUCUCGCGGCUCGUCGACCCCUCCCAGCUGACCUCUGACCUGGGCGGCUCGUUGGAGUACGACCAUGUGGAGUGGACCGAGCUGCGUCUGGGUCUGGAGGAGUUCUCGGGGGCCGCCACUCAGCUGCUGGCCCAGCUGGAGCAGCUGGAGACCGGGCUGAACCGCAUCCCGGAACCCCAGGACGUGGACGAGGCCCGCAAACUUCUCGAAGAACACGGUCGUCUUCGUAACACUAUCGCCACAGCGCCGGUCGACAGCCUUGAACGAGAGGGGCGGAGCUUGCUCCAGCGCAUGCGCCUUGGCCCGUCCCACAGCGACACCUCUAAUGAAGGCGGUGGCAGUAGCAGCGGAGGCGGCGGAGGCGGCGGUGGCGGCGGUAGCCAUGGCAGCUGGCUGUCGGGCGGGGCUGACUUCCAAAGUGUGGCGCCCAAGGUUUCGUCUCUGCUGGACCGACUGCAGGCGGCUCGAAGCCACCUGCUGCAGAGCUGGAGCGACAGGAAGCUGCACCUGGACCAGGCGCUACAGCUGCACCUGUUUGAACAGGACGCCACCAAGAUGUCGGAGUGGAUCGCUCACAGUAAAGAGUUAUUCCUUCAGAGUCUGGCAGAGGUCGGACUGAACCACCAGCACGCCGUCGACCUCCAGACACAACACCAGCACUUCACCGCCAACUGCAUGAACGGCAGCGUGAAUGUGGACAGCGUCGUUACCGUGGCAGCGAGACUCGCGGAGGCUGGUCACUACGGCGCUGAGCGGAUUGCGAACGUGUCGUCGCGGUUACAGGAAGACUGGAAGUCCCUGACGACAGCGCUGGAGGAGCGCAGCAACACGCUCGCUAUGGCAACGGGGUUCCAUCAGGGGGCAGAACAGUUCCUGCUCAGAGUGGAGGGCUGGGUCCAGGUUUGCUCUGAGGGCUUGUUGCCAUCGGCAACAGCAGAGCUGGAAGCAGCUAAUAAGAAGCAUCAGGAGCUGAAUGAGGAGAUCUCUGCGAACUACACUCAGAUUAGUGAAAGUGGUAAAGCCUUAUUGGACGUGCUCCAGCGUGUCCCGGCAACCGAUUCUGAAGACUCAGCCACCAAACCAGACUUCACCGCUGCCACGCAUGGCAUCAUGGGAGUCCUACACCAGGUCAUGCAGGGUCAUCAUGAGGUGGAGGGGGCGUGGCAGCACCGUAAGCUCCGCCUCCACCAGCGUCUGCAGCUCUGUGUGUUCCAGCAGGAUGUGAGACAGGUGUUGGACUGGGUGGAGCAACAUGGUGAGGUUUUCCUCAACAAACACAGCGGUGUCGGGAAAUCACUGCAUCGAGCACGAGCUCUGCAGAAACGGCAUGACGACUUCCAGCAGGUCGCACAGAACACGUACACCAACGCCGAGAAGCUUCUAGAAGCAGCAGAUCAACUGGCUCAGUCUGGAGAAUGUGAGGAGGAGGAGAUCUACCAGGCCGCCAGAGACCUGGAACUACGUAUGCAGGCUUUUAUCCAACGUGUGGAACAGAGGAAGUUGCUGUUGGACGUCGCUGUGUCCUUCUACACUCACACCAAAGAGCUGUCGGUGUGGAUGGACGGCCUCCAGAAGCAGCUCUCGUCUGACCUGUGCGUUUGUCCGGACACCGUCGAGGCUCUGCAGGCUCUGAUCAGCCAACAGCAGCAGCAGCAGGCCAACACACAGGAGGCUGCGAUGAGUGUCAUCCGGGAAGGAGAAGACCUCAUCCUUCAGCUCAGGCCUCAGGGCAGCUCCGUGGCCCACGUGGAGUCGGUUCUGCAGCAGCUGGAGGAGUCUCACGUUCAGCUGGAGGAACUGUUUCACCAGAGGAAGAUUCGACUGGACGUUUACCUGCAGCUCCGCAUCCUGCAGCAGUGCACGCUGGAGGUAACCGGGGAGAUGGACGCCUGGAAGCAGGACCUCCAGAAACAGUCCCAGGACUUUUCAGCGGAGAAACUGGCCUCUCCGCGGCUGACAGACGCCAACCAGGACAAGCUGAGCCAGGACAAACUGGCCCUGGGCCAGUCCCGGCUGGUGGAGGCCAGUCCUGAGGCGCUAACGCUAGCACAACAGCGCAUCCACAGGCACAUGGAGCGGCGGCUGGCUAUGAACAACAUGAUCUACGAAGUGAUCCAGCAGGGUCACGACCUUCAGCAGUACAUCACCGAGGUCCAGGCGUCAGGGAUUGAGUUUUCUGAAACUGAGGGCGGGCUCACGGCUCAAGUGGAGGAGCUACAGCACCUCCUGCAGGACAAACAGAAGGAGCUGCAGCAGAUCGCAGAUCAUACGCAUACUCACCUGGAGCAGAACCUGCAGCUACGACACCUGCAGAGUCAGGUCAAACAGGUUCUCGGUUGGAUCUCCGAGGGGGAGGUGAUGCUGUCGUCCUGUAUGUUGAACUCCAGCUGUUUAUCUGAGGCAGAGCAGCUGCAGAGGGAGCACGAACGCCUCCAACAGGCCAUUGAGGCUCUUCUUCAUGCCGACUCUCUGCAGAGGACUCACCAGGUGGCGCUGGCUCUGCAGCAGAGAGCUGAGCUGCUCGUCAGGUCAGGACACUAUGACCCGGAUGCUGUGAGGUCUUGUGCCCAGACGGUGGCGCUGCACUGGCAGACUCUGAUGCUGAGGAUCGAAGACCGGCUCAAACUGGUCAAUGCUUCGGCCGCCUUCUACAGGACGUCCCAGCAGGUGUGUGGGGUUCUGGAGAGUCUGGAGCAGGAGUACCGCAGGGAGGAGGACUGGUGUGGGGGAGGAGACCGGCAGCCGGAGCAGCUGCUGCCUCUCAUCAACAAGCACAUGGAGCAGAAGGAGGCCUUUCUGAAGGCCUGCACUCUGGCCCGACGCAAUGCUGAGGUCUUCCUAAAGUACAUCCACCGCAACAGCGUCACCAUGGCGAACAUCUCCGGCCACAGCGUCACCGUCUCUGGGGUCACCGAGGUCACGGGGCACUCGAGGGUACCGGAGCAGCAGGUCAAAGGUAUCCUCAGCGAGUUACUCCAAAGGGAAAACAGAGUCCUUCAUUUUUGGACCCUGAAGAAACGUCGACUGGACCAGUGUCAGCAGUACCUGAUGUUUCAGAGCCACGCCCAUCAGGCUUUGGAUUGGCUGCAGCAGUCAGGUGACCACUACCUGGCCACACACACGUCACCAGGGGCAACACUAUCCGAGACACAGGAGCUUCUUACUCAGCACAGAGAGUUCUGUGUUUCAGCCAAGCACACACAGGAAAAAGUCCACCUGCUCAUCCAAUUGGCUGAGAGUAUGCUGGCUAAAGGCCACGCCCACCGCACAGAGCUCCGCCGCUGCGUUUCCACAGUUGAUAAACGUUACCGCGACUUCACCGUCAGGAUGGGCCAGUACCGCCACCUGCUGGAGACGGCGCUGGGAGGAUGUUCACAGGACAACAAGGACCUGGAGCUGGAGCUGAUCCCCAACAGUCUGUCCGACUCCGACCCUGAGGUCAACCUAUCAGACCCAAGCCACCAGGUCAGCGACGAGAAGAGACGCUCCGCCCGCAAGAAAGAGUACAUCAUGGCUGAGCUGCUUCAGACUGAGAGAGUCUAUGUCAGAGACCUGCAAGAGUGUAUCGAGACGUACCUGUGGGAGAUGACGAGCGGCUCCGAGGACGUCCCUCCUGGACUCGCCAACAAGGACGACAUUGUGUUCGGAAACAUCCAGGACAUCUAUGAGUUCCACAACAGUAUUUUCCUGAAGGAGCUGGAAAACUACGAACAGCUUCCUGAAGAUGUCGGACACUGCUUUGUGACCUGGGCCGAUAAGUUCCACAUGUACGUGACCUACUGCAGGAACAAACCGGACUCCAGUCUUCUGAUCCAGCAGCACGGCGUCGGAUUCUUUGAGGAGGUCCAGAGGAGACAUGGUCUUGCAAACUCCAUUUCUUCAGCUCUGAUUAAACCGGUUCAGAGGAUCACCAAAUACCAACUGCUGCUCAAGGAGCUGUUGGCAUGCUGCGAGGAGGGAAAAGGCGAGAUAAAGGAAGGUCUGGACGUGAUGCUGAGUGUCCCCAAGAGAGCUAAUGAUGCUAUGCACGUUAGCAUGUUGGAAGGUCUGGAGGAGGGUUUGGAGGUCCAGGGUGAGCUCCUCCUGCAGGACUCCUUCCUGGUCUGGGAGCCGAAGUCUCUGAUCCGAAAAGGGCGGGAUCGACACCUCUUCCUGUUUGAGCUGUCACUCAUCUUCAGCAAAGAGAUUAAAGACUCAUCAGGUCGAACCAAAUACCUGUACAAGAGUCGACUCAGGACAUCGGAGCUGGGGGUAACGGAGCACAUCGAGGGAGAUCCCUGUAAGUUCGCUCUGUGGGUUGGACGAACGCCGACAUCUGACAAUAAGACUGUCCUGAAGGCGGCGUCCCUGGAGCUGAAACAGGAGUGGGUCCGCAGCAUCCGUCAGGUGAUCCAGGAGAGGCGGGGCCACCUGCGGGGGGCGCUGAGGGAGCCCAUCCCCCUCCCCAAAACCCCCAACCCCACACUAGGACGCCAACGCAGCAUCAGCCGCAGGGAGACGAGUGAGGAUGCAGACAGUCUGGGAGACGCCAGCAGUCAACCGGACACCGUGUCCAUCGCAUCCAGAACUUCACAGAACACGGCCGACAGCGACAAGCUGUCUGGAGGCUGCGAGUUAGUGGUGGUGUUGUUGGAUUUCUCCUCCGGAGCAACUGGGGAGCUGAGCGUCCGUUGUGGUCAGACCGUGGAGCUGGUGGAGCGUUCGGCCGAGCGGCCCGGGUGGUGUCUGGUGAGAACCACGGACCAGACACCGCAACAGGAGGGGCUGCUGCCCAUGAGCGCUCUCUGCCUGUCCCACUCCCACAGCGCCGCCGACAUGGAGGGUCUGAUCCCGCCCUCCACCUCCUCGUCCGGGGCCUCGUCCACCUGCACCGCCACCUCCAGCACCUGUAACUCCACCCCCGCCACGGCCACGCCCUCCAGCAUCACCAACAACUCCCAAUCCACAGGGGGCGGAGCCAGAGAGUCCAGUCUCUAUGGUUCUGACGGUCCAGGACUUCAAACUCAGACCAGCGGCCAAAGUGCAACGUCGCCCACCGUUUGCGGAGUGGGCGUGACUCCAGGGGGCGCCGCUGGAUCCCCUGGACCCAAACGCAGUGGCUCCGGAACUGGAAACACCCUGAAGCGCUGGUUGACGAGUCCGGUCCGAAGGCUGAGCCAGGGCAAAGCUGAUGGACAGAAAAAACCUCCAAUCAGAAUGAGGAGGCGGGACAACAGAGCAGAGCUGGCCACGCCCCUUGCCGGAAACGCACAGACGAAGGCAAGGAAGGAGGAGGCGGGGCAAAGCGGAGGGGAGGAGGAGCCUGAGGAGGAAAGCCACACCCCCCUGCCACCCCCUAUGCAGAUCAUCAAAGACCCCAACAACCCUGAGGCUCUGGACUCGGAUCAGGGUUCCAACGAGUCGGACACCGAGCAACGCAACAAGGCUCUGAGAGGACGAAUGUUCGUGGUCAGUGAGAUGGUCCAAUCUGAGAAGGACUAUGUGAAGGACUUGGGCGUCAUCGUAGAGGGCUUCAUGUCCAGGUUGGAGGUCCGAGGGAUUCCAGAGGACAUGAGAGGAAAAGACAAGAUUGUCUUUGGAAACAUCCAGCAGAUCUACGACUGGCACCGCGAUUUCUUCCUGGUCGAGUUGGAGCGAUGUGUCCAGAACCACGACCUGUUGGCGGACCUGUUCAUCCGACAUGAGCGUCGUCUGCACAUGUACGUGGUUUACUGUCAGAACAAACCCAGGUCAGAGUUCAUCGUCAUCGAGUACGAGACCUUCUUCGAGGAGAUUCAAAAUGAGAUCAGCUGCCGGAUGUCGAUCAGCGAUUACCUGAUCAAACCCAUUCAGAGAAUCACCAAAUACCAGCUGCUGCUCAAGGACUUCCUGAAGUACACGUCCAAAGCAGGACUGGACUGUGACGAGGUGGAGAAAGCGGUGGAGCUGAUGUCGCUGGUUCCAAAACGCUGUAACGACAUGAUGAACCUGGGCCGUCUCCAGGGAUACGAGGGGAAGCUGUCGUCUCAUGGGAAGCUGCUGCAGCAGGAGACGUUCUGUGUUUGGGAACAGGACGGAGGAGUUCUGUCUCGGAGCAAAGAGAGGAGGGUGUUCCUGUUCGAACAGAUCGUCAUCUUCAGUGAACUGCUCCGGAAGGGAUCCGGUAACCAUGGGUACCAGUUCAAGAACAGCAUCAAGGUCAGUUACCUGGCCAUGCAGGACAGUGUUGAUGGCGACCCCUGUAAGUUCGUAUUGUGGUCUCGAGGCUCCGCCGAGCGCUUCACGCUACAGGCGUCAUCCGCAGCCGUUAAGAUGACGUGGGUGGAGACUGUCGCCGCCCUGCUGGAUGCUCAGAAUAACUUCCUGUCGGCUCUCCAGUCUCCUAUUGAGUACCAGAGAAAGGAGGGCGGGAUCUCUGUGACCCGCCCACUGUCAUCAGGGCGACCGCCAUCAGCCCCACCCACGCCUAAUGGCCACGCCCCUCAGCCUCCGCCUGACAACGAACAGGAUGACCAGGAGCUGGUGCUGGUUCUGCAGGACUUCGUGGCGGUCCGAGAAGACGAGAUCUCUGUGUUUCGAGGGGAGAAGGUUCAGAUUCUGGCGUCGAACCAGCAGGGUCAGAGCCUGGUUUACCGACCGGCCAAUAGCGACUCGCCGGCGGCCGAGGGCUGGGUGCCACGGAGCGUGCUCAGUACACACUGACACACACAUACACAAACACACACACAUGUACACACCGAUGGCAGGUCAGAGUCUGGUUUACGACAACACACAAACACUGACAUGGACCGCAAACUGCACCACAAUGAGGCCAGAGGCAUGCUGGGAAAGUAGGUGUGUGAUGUCAGCCUGUUGAACAUUAUGACUAAAACAAGGUGAAGACAAACGAUGAAGUCAACGAAAACCUUCAACACAAAAGAUGAAACUCACCAGAACAGCAGCAGUUGACAUGUCAGCGUCACCAGGAUGUAGUUACUGGGAAUUAAACAAAAGGAUUGAACAUGUAACCGCUAGGCUUUACAGAUAUUACAUCCAACAUUCAACUGUUUCUCACUGAAGAAACAUUUUUCUUGUUUUUGUAAAGAACAAGAAAACGCUGUAAUAAACACAAAGAUUAGCUACAGGCACAUACUUACCAAAUAUAAUCUUGUUUUUUUUAAUAAUUCCACCUUUUUGUCUUUUCUGCUCAGGAAAUGGUUAAAGCAGAUGAUUAGCUUGUUACCUAACAUUAGCCAGUGUUAGAGUGACAGCAAAUGCUAGCUGCUAUAUGUCUAAUCUUAAACGGUUAAACAUUU